CUUCAAAAGGCUUUCAUGUAAUCACCUUCACUUUUCCAAUGUCUGAGGUUCUCAGCUACCAGGUUGGUGGGAAAGCUGAACUGGAUGUUGAGUUGCUUGUAAACCAUCUUGCUGACUGGCUAGAAGAGGAGCAUGGCAAGAACCUUGUUUUCCACACCUUCAGUAACACGGGUUGGUUAACAUACGGAGUUGCUCUAGAGAAGUUUCAUAAGCAGGACCCUUCAUUAAUAGGGAGAAUUAAAGGCUGUAUCGUGGAUUCAGCUCCAGUUGCAUCCCCAGAUCCUCAGGUAAUUAUGCUGAAAAUUUCUCUUUUUACAUGUAUGUAUGGAAAUCAAAAUGUAUAUUUUUAGUUGCUUGGUGAGGGGAAUUACUUAUUUAUAUUCUACUUUGAAUGUCAAUGGCAAUUUAUAAGCCUUUAGAAUUAUCGUGAGCCAUUUUGUCACUCUACUUGUAUGAG